GAAGCAAGUUUCCCAGAGAUGAGUCAUUAUACCCAGUUGAGCUUAUAGGCAACAUCCCUUUAGUUAUCAAUUUAUAAUAAGAUUCAAAGGUUCGUCCCUAUUAUAAUGCAAAUUUCUAGUGAAAUCAUUAUACUUUAAAAUGGUUCAAGAUAAUACAAUUUUCAGAAUAAGUGAAAAAUCUGUUAAUUUUCUAGAACCUUGUCAAAUAAUGAGGAAGCAUAUUUUUGACUUUUGAUUUGAAAUUCAUUCUCUUGUAUUAAAAAAAAAAACCUACAAGAAAGGCAAACAUCUAAACAAGGGGAUUUUUAAAAUCUGCAAAAGCAGUGCAUAGCAGUAAAAGCUGGAGCAUAAAAUUAAAAGAGGAAAGAAAAUACGCCCCAGACCAGGCAAAUCCGGAUGGACGGAGGCAGUAUUUCCUGCCCAGCGGCCAAAAGGCAUCAGUUUCUUAAGGCAAACUUGGGGCGGUUUCCGCUGAGUGAAGAAUGACGUCAAAGGCGAGGGCUCAAGACUUCCUCGAAAAAAAAAAAGGGGGGAUUACAAGCAGCACGGAGGACGGAAAAGACGGAAGCAGCUGUGAGAGCCUGUCGGCCGGCCUCUGGAGCGCGGACGGGCGGGACCAAGCAGGCCCCGCCCCCAGGAUAGGCCCCGCCCACCCCCACCGGCCGCUCGACGCCGCCGCCAGGGGUCGCUGCGCGCCCCAGGAGCGAGGGCUAGUCUUUCUUCCCCUCCUCCUCGCUGCUCCGCCCGCGGGGCAGUGUAGGCGCCAAAAUCAAACCCGCCCGAGCCGGCCCCGCCCCUCGCCGCGUGCCGGUCCCGCCGCCGGAAGACGAGCUGCCCGCGCCAUGUCGAAGAAAAAAGGACUAAGUGCAGAGGAAAAGAGAACCCGCAUGAUGGAAAUAUUUUAUGAGACGAAAGAUGUAUUUCAACUAAAAGACAUGGAGAAGAUUGCUCCCAAAGAAAAAGGCAUUACUGCUAUGUCAGUAAAAGAAGUCCUUCAAAGCUUGGUUGAUGAUGGUAUGGUUGACUGUGAGAGAAUUGGAACAUCUAAUUAUUAUUGGGCUUUUCCAAGUAAAGCUCUUCAUGCCAGGAAACGUAAGUUGGAGGUUCUGGAUUCUCAGUUAUCUGAGGGAAACCAAAAGUAUGCAAACCUACAGAAAAGCAUCGAGAAAGCUAAAGUUGGCAGACAUGAAACGGAAGAGCGAACUAUGCUAGCAAAAGAGCUUUCUUCACUUCGAGACCAAAGGGAACAGCUAAAGGCUGAAGUAGAAAAAUACAGAGAAUGUGACCCACAAGUUGUGGAAGAAAUACGUCAAGCAAAUCAAGUGGCCAAAGAAGCUGCUAACAGAUGGACUGAAAACCUUGCCUGAUAACGAAGAUGGUGGAGUUUUUAUGACUUUUUAUGAGAGACUUCUUGAUAACAUAUUUGCCAUAAAAUCUUGGGCCAAAAGAAAGUUUGGAUUUGAAGAAAAUAAAAUAGAUAAAAAUUUUGGAAUUCCAGAAGACUUUGACUACAUAGACUAAAACGUUCCAUGUUGUUGAUGGUGAAGGAGCUAUGUGCUCAUGAAUAUGUAAAUUUUUACAUUAUCCAGCUAAAUGGGCUGAAUUGUCAUUUACCUGUAACUGUCUUUAUUGUUUUAUUAAAGUUUAAAGUACAGAG